AUGGACGUAGAAGACGUCCUAUCUCAAUUGACGCUCGCAGAGAAAUGCAAUCUCCUUUCAGGCGGCUCAUUCUGGCGCACCCUCGCCAUCCCCCGCCUAUCGAUCCCCUCCCUCUGCAUCACCGACGGCGCUGACGCCGUCCGCGGCAGCCGCUUCUUCAACUCAACACCGAGUGUGUGUCUUCCUUGCGGCUCCGCCCUCGCCUCAACCUGGAACCCAGAGCUGCUCCAACGCCUCGGCACACUAAUGGGCGAAGAGUGCCGCGCAAAGAAAGCCCACGUCCUACUCGCUCCGACGAUCAACAUUCCGCGCAGCCCCCUCGCUGGCCGUAUCCACGAGUGCUACGGCGAAGAUCCAUAUCUUGCUGGUAUGUUGGCGGGCAUGUUUAUCCGCGGGAUUGAGGGGACGGGCAUAACGGCGACGGUGAAGCAUUUUGUGUGUAAUGAUCAGGAGCAGGGGAUUUUUGCCAUGGAUUGCGUGGUUAGUCAGAGGGCGUUGAGGGAGAUUUAUUUGAGGCCGUUUGAGUUGGCGGUGAAGGUGGGGAGGCCGGGGGCGCUGAUGACUGCGUAUAACAAGGUUAAUGGGGUGCAUGUUACGGAUAGUGUGGAAUUGUUGAAGGGGGUGUUGAGAGGGGAGUGGGGGUACCAGGGGCUUGUUAUGAGUGAUUGGUUUGGCAUGUACGGCGUACAAGGAGCAGUCGAAGCAGGCGUUGACCUAGAGAUGCCCGGCCCAGGUGAAUGGAGAGGCAAGCGGCUUGCACAUGCCGUUGCAGCGAAAAGAGUCGACAAAGAAUGCGUAGACGACCGAGCAAGAGCGGUACUAAAUCUGGUCAAGAAAGCGUCAGCGUCGAAGAUCGAGGGCACCGAAGAAGAAACACUGGACAGGUCCGAAGAUAGAGCCCUCUUACGCGAGGCAGCAGCCGAGUCCAUCGUCCUCAUGAAGAACGACGAGAACAUCUUACCCUUCGACAUCAACAAGCCAAUCGCCAUCAUCGGGCCCAACGGAAAGGUAGCCGCCUACCGAGGAGGCCGAGUAGCCCAUCUACGUCCCUACAACACCGUCACGCCCUUUGACGCAAUUACAGAACGCUCCCAAGCCGCCGUGCACUUCUCGCAAGGCAUCUACAACCACUACGAACUACCCCUCCUCGGUGCACAAAUGCGAACAAAGAGCGGGAAAGUGGGCUACGACAUGACCAUCUACUCUGCCCCACCAGACGCAACAACACCCCCGCGCCGCCUCCUCGAUCACUACGAGCUCCUCAACUCGUGCGGUUUCUUCUUCAACUACCAUGACAAGAACCUACGCGAAUACUCCAUCGACAUCACCGGCACCUUCACACCCUCCUCAUCCGGACUUUUCGAUUUCGGCCUCAGCGUCCAGGGAACCGCGAAUUUAUACAUCGACAAAGAGCUCAUCAUCGACAAUACAUCGCACCAAAAGAAAGCAGAUGGUUUCUUCCGCAACGGCACAGUCGAAGAACACGGAAGCAUGGAUGCUGUCGCAGGGCAAACGUACCAAAUACUGUGUCGCUGGAAUUCACCUUCCAUAUCCGGCGCCUCCAGCAGCGGCAGCGACGACACAGCAUUUAAACCAGGUAACAUCCGUCUAGGGGGUUGCCACCGCCUCGAUACAAACACCGCCAUCGCAUCGGCCGCCCACCUCGCCUCCCAAACCCCCCAAACCAUCAUCCUCGCCGGCUUCGUCGGCGAAUGGGAAUCCGAAGGCAACGACCGCAAAGACAUGUCGCUUCCCCCUCACACCGACUCUCUCAUCACCGCCGUGCUUGCCGCAAACAGUAAGGCCGUUGUAGCCAUCAGUUCCGGCGGGCCAUACUCCAUGCCCUGGCUGUCUGACACAAAAGCGCUCCUGCAGGUCUGGUACGGCGGCAAUGAAACGGGGAAUGCAAUCGCGGACGUGGUGUACGGAAUUACGAAUCCGAGUGGCAAGUUGCCGUUGAGUUUCCCGGUGAGGGUGCAGGAUAAUCCUGCGUUUCUUUGUGGGCAUGCGGAUCAAGAGAGGGUGCUUUAUGCGGAUGAUGUUUAUGUCGGGUAUAGGUAUUAUGAUGCUGUUGACCGAGAUGUGCUGUUUCCGUUUGGGCACGGGCUGUCCUAUACUAGUUUCGAGAUCAGCGGGGUUGGUGUCGCGGUGGACGGGCAGGAACUGGUGGUUGAAUGUCAAGUUGAGAAUACGGGGGAGAGGGAGGGCAAGGAGACGGUGCAGGUUUAUGUGAAGAAUCGGGAGGCUAGUGUGAGGGGACCUGAGAAACAAUUGAGGGGGUUCAGUAAGCUGAGUGUGGGGAGGGGGGAGAAGAAGAAGGUGGAGGUCAGGAUGGGGCUUUGGGGUGCGACGGCGUGGUGGAGUGAGGAUAGGGGGAAGUGGGUGAGGGAGAAGGGGAGGUACGAUGUUUUGGUGGGAGCGUCGAGUAGAGCGGCAUUCGCAAAGGCGGAGUUUACGCUGGAUACUACGGAAGAGACAAGGAGUCGGUGA